CGCGGAAACGCUUCGAGGGCAAAGGCGCCGAGGGCUUCAAUUUCUGGUAAUAUCGUUGAGCGCAAAACUAUGUCAUCAAUGUCGCGAGACGCCGGCCUCCGUCGCAUGACGCGGUUCGCCGCCGCGCUAGCCGUAGUCAUCUUCUCCCUCGCCGUCGUCGCCCACUGUUCCAACAAUGAUUCCGAGGUGAGUUGCAGCCGGAUCUGCGUGGCGGAGAACUGUAAUUCGGUUGGGAUUCGAUACGGGAAGUACUGCGGGGUAGGGUGGACCGGCUGCCCGGGAGAGCAGCCCUGCGAUGAUCUUGAUGCUUGCUGCAAGAUUCAUGAUGAUUGUGUUGGCAAAAAGGGUAUGACCGAUAUUAAAUGCCAUGAGAAGUUCAAGCGCUGCAUAAAGAAAGUACAUAAAUCUGGGAAGGUUGGAUUUUCUAAGCAGUGUCCUUAUGAUACCGCUGUGCCUACUAUGGUACAGGGUAUGGAUUUGGCUAUCUUACUGAGCCAGUUUGGUAACUCGAAGCUUGAGCUGUGAUUUGCCGAAGAAGAGAGACAUUGCCCGGGAGUAGAAUCAUAUAUAGCACCCCUACUUACAAUUGAUCUCCAACACCCGAAAAAUGGGAGUGGAACUCAUUUGACAGAAAUGAACUAACUAUGAUCGAGUAAAUGGAUCCUCGGAUCUACAUCUACCUGAUUAUGUUUUGCGUUACUGACUCUUAUACCUUCGUUUUUACAAUUGAUUCUUAUUCUACAACUUUGUGGUUGUUGACAUGAAUUCAACAAUUGGUUAUCCCGAAAAAUUCAUUUUCUUAGGUUGUUUAUAAUGUACAGAAAGCGAGUUGGAUUUGCUCUGAACUUUAUUUUUUUUGUGAUAAUUUUGUGGUUAUGUCCAGAACAAUGUUAUCUUGGUCAGUAUUUAGUUUUAUCUUGGAAGCGGAACUAAGUGGAAGCUUGGCCUCCCGGCCUCUGAAAUGAAGACGAACUCAAGCUCCUUGUUUGCUUACCUUAACUCAGAUGAUAGUGAGGCUGAGGAAGAUCAUCCUAGAAAGAUUUCCACCGUCAAUGCUCAUACGACUGCCAAUAUUUCUUGCAGCGUCAUGAACUUCUUGUGAUUGGCACAUGAGAAGAGUGACCGAGACAAUGUUGCAUUCAACAUGUUGCAGGUAAGUUUUUUCUGCACGGACUGAGAUUAUGACGAAUGUAAAAUCCCAUGAGAAGGUUGGGUUAGUGAUGUGCCUGCUAUUGUAUAUAUUGUGCAGAAGAAAGUUGGUGCCCACCUGAAAGCACACAAGCAACAACUUUUCCUGGGAUUAUUAUUUAAAUCGGGCACAUUCUGCAGUUAGAUGGCUUGUAAUGUAUGAAAUAUCUAGCUAGCAUUCUAACUUGUCCAUCCCACUUGGUGAAUUCUUGCUCACAAGUUGGCUCUAUUCUUUGAAAUGUCAAAGUGGCGUUUGUCGGC